GCGAGGAGCAGCCCAUGGCGUCCAAGCCGUGCCUGCUGCGGCUGCAGAAGGAGUACCAGAGGCUCAACAAGGAGCCGGUCCCCAACAUCUCGGCGGAGCCGCGCCCGAACAACAUCCUCGAGUGGCACUUUGUGAUCAACGGCCCGGCGAGCACGCCGUACGCGGGCGGCCAGUACCACGGCAAGCUGCUCUUUCCGAGCGACUACCCGUACAAGCCGCCAGCGAUCAUGAUGCUCACGCCGAACGGCCGCUUCAACACGAACACGCGGCUGUGCCUGUCGAUGAGCGACUUCCACCCGGAGUCGUGGGUGCCGGCCUGGUCCGUCGGCACCAUCCUCAACGGCGUGCUCUCCUUUAUGCUCGAGUCGACGCCGACCGUCGGCUCCGUCGAAAAGUCCACAGCAGAGAGGCAGCAGCUUGCGCGCGCGUCUCACGCCUUCAACCGGAAGACGGCGCUCUUCCGCGAGCUCUU